AUGAGCAACAAUAACAAUGAAGCACAACAACCAGUCGAGUCUACAAAUGUAGAAUCUCAACAAAAUGUUGUUCAAUCAGAUUGUCCAGUAGUAAAUGAAAAUAAUGAUAAUAAUAAUAAUAAUAAUAAUAAUAAUAAUAAUAAUAAUAAUAAUAAUAAUAAUAAUAAUAAUAAUAAUAAUAGUAAUAAUAAUAAUAAUAGUAGUAAUAAUGAAAAUAAUGAAAAUAAUGAAAAUAAUAGUUGUGAAAAAUCAGAACAAGAAAAACCAAAAGAACCAGAGGAACCAGUACAAGAAGAAAAAUCUAAGGAACCAUGUGACCAACAGAAAGUUAAAGAAAAUGAACCAGCUGAAGAAAAAGAGACUGAACCAGCUGCUCCAGUAGAGCCAGAAAAUCCACUUUCCAAUGACAGUGCUGCUAGUGAAAAAUUACAAGAACAACAUCAACAACAAAAUCAUGAACCACAACAAACAUCAAAUGGUGAAAGUAACGAAGCCGACGCCAAUGAAUCUGAAAACAAAAAGAGAUCAAUUGAUGAGGCCGGUGAUAUUAAAGAUGGAAAAAAGAGAAAAGUUGAAACUGUUGAAACUUCAGAUCCCGCCCAACAAGUUGAGGCCUAA